CGUGGGGCUUGGGACGUUUUCGUCUGCGUCGAGUCUGUCUGCACCGGCCAGGAACCCCUGGUUACCAGGUUGGGUCCCUUGCUGCCCAGCUCCUGUGAGCCUGGAGGCAAGGACAGUAAGAGACAGGCUCUUUCUCCGUGUGUGUGUGUGUGUGUGUGUGUGUGUGUGUGUGUGGCCCGGGACCUCCGCUGCAGCAGGGUGACCUCGCGGGGUCGUGUCCACCAGGCUGCGCUUUUCCCGAGGCCUGUGCACCUGUCCUCUGCACUUCUCCCACGCCGAAGGAAGAGUGGGGUUCGAUCGAGCCCUCGAGGAACAUCCCGUGGACCUCUGCUUUUCACCUCUGGUUCCACCUCUGAUGGCGACCGCGAGGAUGGACCGGGCUCAGGGCCACGUGACCUUUGAGGAUGUGUUCGUGUACUUUUCCCAGGAGGAAUGGGAGCUUCUUGAGGAGGCUCAGCGAUUCCUUUACCAUGAUGUGAUGCUGGAGAACUUUGCACUUGUGGCUACACUGGGGUCCACUGAUGAUGGCAGAAAUGGAUCCUGCACAGGGCCGUGUGGUCUUUGAGGACGUGGCCAUCUAUUUCUCUCAGGAGGAAUGGGGGCACCUCAGUGAGGCCCAGAGACUGCUGUACUGUGACGUGAUGCUGGAAAACUUGGCACUUUUGUCCUCACUAGGUUGCUGGCAUGGAGCCAAGGAUGAGGAGGCACUUUUUGAGCAAGGAAUUUCUGUAGGAGCAUCACAGGUUACCACUCCAAAGCCAGGGUCGUCUACUGAGAAGACCCAGCCUAGGGAGUCACUCUUGAAAGAUAUUCUGCAUUUAGCUGAGCACAGUAGAACACAAACUGAACAAGAGAUGUACCUUUGUGAGGCAGAGCUUUACCAGCCUUAUAAGCAGAAUCUUUCCAGAGGGGACAGUUGGAGACUUUCAUUUUUGAAGAAUCACAGAAUUCAUAUGGCAGAAAGAACUUUCACAUGCAAGGAGGGUUGGAAGGAAGCGCCAGCCACUUCAGGCCUUCUCCAGCACCAGGCCCCUUGCUGUGUGUGGAAGCCAAACAUGGAAACCCAGGGUAUGGAAGCCCUUCCAGCCCGACACAACAAUUACACAUGCAGUAAAUGUGGGAAAGCCUUCAGAUGCAAAUACUCACUUGAUGAGCAUGAGAAAACUCAUACAGGAGAAAGACCUUAUCAGUGUAGCAAAUGUGGGAAAUUCUUUAGGUAUAAUGCCAACUUCAUGAAACAUCAGAGUAUUCACAGUGGAGAAAGGACUUAUGAGUGUAGAGAAUGUGGAAAAUCAUUUAUGUACAACUAUAGACUCAUGAGACAUAAGAGGGUUCACACUGGAGAAAGGCCUUAUGAAUGUGACAUUUGUGGGAAAUUCUUUAGGUACAGCUCUACCUUCUUUAGGCAUCAGAGAGUUCACACUGGAGAAAGGCCUUAUGAGUGUAAUGUAUGUGGGAAAUUCUUUAUGGACAGCUCCACUCUCAUUAAACACCAAAGGGUUCACACUGGAGAAAGGCCUUAUAAGUGCAGUGAAUGUGGGAAGUUCUUUAGGUACCACUCCACUCUCAUUAGACAUCAGAGACUUCACAGUGGAGAAAAGCCUUACGAAUGCAGCAUAUGUGGGGAAUUCUUCAGGUACAACUCCAGCCUUGUUAAACAUUGGAGAAAUCACACUGGAGAAAGGCCUUACAAAUGCAGUGAGUGUGGGAAAUGCUUUAGGUACCACUGCAGACUCAUUAGACAUCAGCGAGUUCACACUGGCGAGAGGCCUUAUGAGUGUAGUCAGUGUGGGAAGUUCUUCAGGUACAACUCCAACCUCAUUAAACAUUGGAGGAAUCAUACUGGAGAAAGGCCUUAUGAGUGCAGGGAGUGUGGGAAAGCCUUUAGCCACAAACAUAUACUUGUUGAGCACCAGAAGAUCCACACUGGAGAAAGACCUUAUGAGUGCAAUGAAUGCCGAAAGGCCUUCAUUCGAAAAUCCCACCUGGUUCAUCACCAGAAAAUCCACAAUGAAGAGAGCCUGGUGUGCUCUGAGAAUGUGAGGAAUUCUAUAGGUACAACUCCAGCUUCAUUAAACAUCAGAGAUUUUACCAUGGAGAAAAUUUACCAUUGACUUAAUUGGACAAUGUUUUUUGAAUUCCCAUUUUUCCGGCAGUUAAUCUCCAGAACUUUUUAUCUUGCAGAAGUAAAACUAUCCCCAUUAAACAGGAAUGCCUCAUUUCCUUUCCCUACUGGCCCUGGCUACUGCUACUCUAUACUUUGUAUCUAUGAGUUGGAUGCCUAUUGCUAUCUUAUGGGUAGAGUCAUACAGUAUGCCUUUUCAUGACAGGCUUAUUUCACUUAGGAUGUCUAAAGUUCAUCUGUGUGUAACAGGUCAGAAGUCUAUUCCUUUUUUGCAGUGAAAUAAUAUUCCAUGGUAUAUGUAUACCAUAUUUAUUUCUUCAAUGGUUAAUGGAUACUUGGGUAGUUCUAACUUUUAGCUAUUAGGGAAAAUGGUAUAUGAAGAUGAGUGCACAAAUAGUUGUUUGAAGCCCUGCUUUCAGUUCUGUUUGGGUGCUCCCAGAAGGAACAUACUGGAUAAUACAGUGUCUUAAUUUUGUAAGGAACUGUUUUCCAUAAUAACUACCAUUUAACAUUCUCCCUGCACAAAGUUUCCUGUCUGCAUCACUACCAACACUUCCUUUGUUGUUUCUGGGGUUUUUUGAUAGUGUGCGUACGUGUGUGUGUGUGUGUGUGUGUGUGUGUGUGUGUACAUAUGUAGCUCACCUUUUGGAUCUGAGAACACUGCAUUUUUUUUUAUACUACUGAUUAGUGAUGUGCUUAGUAGGAUUAUUUAAUCUAGAGAAAUAUCUUCCAUUCCCAUUUCUAAUGAGGUUUUUUUGUUGUUGAAUUACAGAAAGUUUAGAAAUAUAUUUUGUACAUGAUCUUAAAAUAUUUUCUCCUAGUGCAGAUUUUUUUGGUUCUGUAGAUUAUAUCCUUUGCGGAACUUUUAAAUUUUCAUGUGGUCCAGUUUAUUUUAUCCAUGCUUUUGAUAUAUGCAAGAAAUCAUUGUCAAAUCCAAUUUCAUGCAGCAUUUUCCUUAUGUUUUCUAAGAGUUGUUUAUUUAUUUAUUGGUACUGGGGAUUGAACUUGGGACCUUGUGCUUUUGAGGCAGGCGGUGGAACCACUGACCUAAAUUCCCAACCCAGUUGUACAUUUAUUUAUGUCUGUAAGCCUUAUAUUUAUGUAUUUGAUUUUUUUUUUUUGAGACAAGUCCUCACUAUAUUGCUCAGGGUGAACUCCUGGGUUUGAGAGAGCCUCCUGCUUCACCUUCCCAAGUAGCUGGAAUGACAGGUAUGUGCCACUGUGCCUGGCAUUCAUUUGUUUCUGUGUAUGUUAGGCAAACCACCAUGCUUUCCCAUGUGGAUAACUAGCUUUCCAAGUUCCAUUUAUUGGAAAGAUUGCCUUUUCCCUAUUAAAUAGUCUUGUCACUCCUUUCAAAAUCAUUUGACCAUACAUGCCAGGGCUUAUUUGUGGACUGUUCUGUUGGCCUAAAAGUCUGUCAUUGUGACAACAUUACAUCAGAUAUAUACUUUAAAAAGUUUACUUUUUUUAUUUUCUUGAGACAGGCUCUCAGUAUGUAUCUCCAGCUGGCCUUGAACUCACUAUGAAGCCCAGGCUGGCCUCAAGCAAUGAUCCUUCUGCUUCAGCCUCCCAAGUGCUGAGAUUAUGGGUGUGCACCACUACACCUAGCUUUUUUUUUAAAACACUAUUUUGAAGCCAUGUGCCAUUUGCAGGAGCCGAGGCCUCGCCCCACAGCGACCCUGUGUGUGCACGAAGCCGUCCUUGGAGACAGGAAAUCUUUUAAUUGAGCCAGUAGGCUACUUAGAAUCCUGUUUCACAGCCAAGAAUGGAACUCCACAGCAGCCAUCCAUUUGUAGCCAUUCACAGGCCUGUUUGAGGAUUAGAAAGAGCAUCUUUAAUAAUCCUGAACAUUCCUUGAUGGGCUUAGAACAGUUUUCUCAUGUUUGGUGGAGCUGUAUACCUAUCUGGAAUUGACGUGAUAUGUGGCACACCAGUACUAGAAAUAAAGCCUUACAUAGCUGA